CGACCUCGUGGCGACGCGAGCCCUGGGCUCCGCAUGCAGCAGUUUUUUCCCCACGAGCCAGGACCACUACAUCAGCAAAGGUGGAUUGGUACGCGGGAUAUGAGCAGUUUGUCAAGCGCAACCUGACUCUGCUCCCAAACCAGCAGGCGACCCAGGUUCUGCACCAGCACCAGGUUCAUCCGGCUCAGCAUAGAGGACACCCGUUGCCACCGCCGCCGCCGCCGCCGCCGCCCUCGCAAUCGCAGUCACAGCAGCAUCACCACCACCUACACCCUCACCCGGACAUGACGUCCAUGUUCGAGCACCAAGUCAAGACUGAGCCUAUGGGCUUUUAUUCUGUCGCAUCUAGUCGCUCGGACGGAUCAAACUCGAUUGUUAACCUGUCCGACGAUCGUGAGGAGCUUUCCCAGCAGGAAGCCGCCCAUCUUCAGUCAUUGCACGCUCAUCCCCAGCACCAGCAAAUUCAAUCGCAGGAGCAUAGUUCUAUGGAUCACGAAGACUCGCCGGAACGAGUACAACACGUCGUCGUAAAAGAGGGUAGUCGCGCCAAACCUCAGCCCUGCAAAGUUUGUGGAAAGGUUCUUAGCUCAGCGUCCUCAUACUACGUACACAUGAAGCUCCACUCAGGCAACAAGCCGUACCACUGCACCGUGUGCGAGGCGAGCUUCUGUCGCAAGCCCUACCUCGAGGUGCACAUGCGCACGCACACGGGUGAACGGCCCUUCCAGUGCGAGCUCUGCCUGAAGCGCUUCACCCAGAAGAGUAGCCUCAAUACCCACAAGCGCGUCCACACGGGUGAGCGGCCGUACUCGUGUGACAUUUGCAACAAGCGCUUUGCCGUCAAGAGCUACGUGACGGCCCACCGCUGGUCCCACGUCGCUGAAAAGCCCCUCGUCUGCGAGCGCUGCUCCUUGAGCUUCACCUCCAAGAGCCAGUUCGCCAUCCACAUUCGCACCCAUACCGCGACCACGUCCUACGAGUGCAAUAUCUGCGGUCGCACCUUUGUCCGCGACAGCUACCUCAUCCGCCACCAGAACCGUGUGCACCGCGACCCAGGAGGAAGCGGCACGGCUCAGCAGCAACAAUCCGCCCAGGUCAACCACGAGCCCGGCACGCCCCAGUCGGUAACCAGCGGACACCCUGGCCAAUCUGGCACCCCAGGUUCCGGCUUUGAGAGUCCCGUCUGCGAGCUGCGCUACACCGAGGGACCCUCGACCCUUGACAAGGUCGGUAUCGCCGCCGAGAUAGCCAGCCUGGCAAAGCAGAACAGCCUGCAGUUGCCUUUACCGCUGCUCCACCCACAGAGCACUAACUAGUGCCUGCCACCUACAGUAACCGCAGCCGCAGCAGCAGCAGCAGCAGCAGCGCUCGCCCGUUUGCCUGAGCCCGGUCUGGUCCAGCAGCACCAGCCUCAGCAGC